GGUGGGCGGGGGUUGAGACGCGGCCCCUUGUCCCGCCCCCGCCCCCGCCCCCGGAACCACCCAUUGUGCCGUGGCGCCUGCGCCGCCCUCGGGGCGUCGCGGGGGAGGGGCGGCCCGCGCAGCCGCCAGCGUCGCCGCCAUGGACCUAGGACCCGUAAAUAUCUGUGAGGAAAUGACUAUUCUGCAUGGGGGCUUUUUGCUCGCCGAGCAGCUGUUCCACCCCAAAGCACUGACAGAAAUGACAAAGUCUGACUGGGAACGCGUUGGGCAGCCCAUUGUGGAGGCCCUAAGGGAGAUCUCCUCUGCCACAGCUUGCUCCCAGCCCUUUGCCUGGAAGAAGAAAGCUCUGAUCAUCAUCUGGGCCAAGGUUCUUCAGCCCUACCCUGUCACCCCUUCAGACACUGACACUUGGUGGCAGGAAGAUGUGUUCUUCUCAGUAGGCAACAUGAUCCCUACCAUCAAUCACACGGUCCUUUUUGAGCUGCUCAAGUCUCUGGAAGCUUCUGGACUCUUUAUCCAGCUCCUGAUGGCCCUGCCCACCGCUGUCUGCCGUGCAGAACUCGAGCACUUUUUGGAGCACAUGUCCGUUGACACAUCUUCAAAGGAUGUGGCCUUUUUCCUCAGCGUCUGGUGGGAAAUGAUGAAACACAAAGGCAAUCAGCAGGACCCCCUGCUCUCCCAGUUUAGAACAAUGGCCCAUAAGUAUUUGUCAUCCUCAGAUGAGUUCUCCCACCCUCCAAAGAGGUUUAAGUCGGACCCAGAUGUGUGUCCGACCAUGCCCCUGUUGGCCAUGCUGCUCACCGGGCUGAAGCAAAUCCAGAGUCGAAUCCUCUGCCCAGGGAUGAAGUGCUGUGCGUUAGCCAACUUGGCAGACAUGCUGACCGUGUUUGCACUGAUGGAGGACGACCCCCAGGAAGUGUCUGCAACCGUGUAUCUGGACAAACUGGCCACGGUGAUCUCCGUGUGGAAUUCGGACACCCAGAACCCAUAUCACCAGCAGGCACUGGCCGAGAAGGUAAAGGAGGCAGAACGGGACAUAAGCCUGACCUCUCUGGCCAAGCUUCCAAGUGAGACAAUCUUCAUCGGGUUUGAGUUCAUGUGCAGCCUGCUGCGGGAGUGGGGGGAGGAGCUGCAGGCCAUGCUCAAUGGCAGCCAGGGGACGAAUUAUGACAGCUUCCGGCUGUGUGACAGCCUGACUUCCUUCAGCCAGAACUUGAAGCUCUACCUGGAUUCUACCAGCUUGUCCAAGGAGGAGAGGCAGGUGGUCUCGGAGCUGGCAGAGUGCGUUGCAGACUUCCUGAGGAAAACAGCCAAGGUACUGAAGAAGAAGGGCUUUGAGAAGGACAUCAUUGCCUCCAUUGCCAUGGCCAUUAUCGAGCAGAAGAUGGACCGGCAUAUGGAAAUGUGCUACAUUUUUGCUUCUGAGAAGAAGUGGGCCUUUUCAGACGAGUGGCUAGCCUGCCUGCUUAAUAACCAGGCCCUCUUCCGAGAGCCAGACCUGGUGUUAAAGCUGCUGGAAACGGUGAUAGAAGUGACCGCGGCAGACAGAGCCAUCCCUGAAUCUAAGAUCAAACAAGUGAUCAGCUUGAUUCUGGAAUGCUAUGCAGACCUCUCGCUGCCAGAUAAAAAUAAAGUCCUCUCAGGCACCCUGCUCUCCUGGGGGCGGAAGGGUCUCUCUGAAAAGCUGUUGGCUUACUUGGAUGGGUUUCAGGAGGACGUCAAUACAACUUUCAACCAGCUCACACAGAGUGCCUCUGAACAGGGCUUAGCUAAAGCCGUGGCCUCUGUGGCCCGCCUGGUCAUCCUGCACCCGGAGGUCACCGUGAAGAAAAUGUGCAGCAUGGCCGUGGUCAGUCUCGGCACCCAUAAGUUCCUGGCCCAGAUUCUCACUGCCUUCCCCGCUCUCCGGUUUCUGGAAGAGCAGGGUCCAAAUCCAUCCACCAGCUUUGUGGUGUCCUGCCUCAAAGAAACCGUCUGGACAAAGUUCUCCACACCCAAAGAAGAAAAGCAAUUUUUAGAGCUCCUGGGCUGCCUGAUGAAUCCUGUGAAGCCCCAGGGAAUCCCGGUUGCCGCUCUUCUUGAGCCAGAUGAAGUGCUGAAGGAGUUUGUCCUGCCUUUCUUGCUGCUCGACGUCAAAGAGGUGGACCUCAGCUUGAAGAUCUUCAUCCAGACUCUUGAAGCAAAUGCGUGUUUGGAGGAAUACUGGCUCCACACCUGCUCUCCGUUCCCCCUCCUCUUCAGCUUGUGCCAGCUCUUAGAUGGCUUCAGCAAAUACUGGCAGCUCCCCAGGGAGAAACGGUGCCUCUCUUUGGAUGGGAAGGACCUGGUGAUCCAUAUCCUGGAGGUCCUCUGUGAGAUUAUAUUGGCCAACACUGAGACCUUCUCCCCAGACACCUGGAUCAAGUCCCUGUCUUGGCUCCACCGGAAGCUGGAGCAGCUCGACUGGACUGUGCGCCUGAGAAUGAAGAACCUCUUUGAGGGCCACUUCAAGUGUGAGGUGCCCACCACACUCUUUGAGAUCUGUAAGCUUUCUGAGGACGAGUGGACCUCCCAAGCCCACCCUGGUUACGGCCCAGGCACAGGGCUGCUCGCUUGGAUGGAGUGCUGCUCCAUCUCCAGCAGCAUCUCCGAGCAGAUGCUGUCCCUCCUGGUGGUGGACGUGGGCAACCCCGAGGAGGUCAGAUUGUUCAGCAAGGGCUUCCUGGUGGUCCUGGUACAAGUCCUGCCUUGGUGCAGUCCCCAAGAGUGGCAGCACCUGUACCAGCUGACCAGGAGACUGCUGGAGAAGCAACUCCUGCAUGUCCCGUACAGCCUGGAGUACAUUCAGUUCGUUCCUCUGCUCAACCUGAAGCCCUUCGCCCAGGAGCUCCAGUUCUCCGUGCUCUUCCUGAGAGCCUUCCAGUUUCUCUGCAGCCAGAGCUGUCGUAACUGGCUUCCCAUGGAAGGCUGGAGCCACGUAGUCAAGCUUCUCUGUAACAGUCUGACCCACCUCCUGGACUCUGUUCGGAUGAUUCAGUCGGUUGGCCCUUGGGCUCAAGAACAGGACCUGACCCAGGAGACCCUGUUCUUUUAUACCCAGGUAUUCUGUCACGUUCUGCAUAUCAUGGCCAUGCUCCACCAAGAGGUGUGCGAACCGCUCUAUGUUCUGGCCUUGGAGAUCCUCACCUGCUACGAAACCCUGAGCAAGGCCAACCCUUCUGGUAGCUCCUUGCUCCAGAAGGUAAAUGAGCAGCGCUUCUUGAAGUCCAUCGCUGAGAACAUUAGCCCUGAGGAGCGGCGUCAGACCCUGCUGCAGAAGAUCAGCAACUUCUGACCUUCGUACACCAGAGAACAGCUGGGCCCUGGCUUGGUGGGGUCUCUAGGGGUUCGAGCUGAGAAACGCAAGCCUUUCAGUUACAUGAAGUUGUAUGCAAGCUAAAAACAUAUACGGCAAUAACUGUAAAGAAAAUAGUUUCUUAGGUGUUUGUAACAUACAAAUUAUAAAAUUCUCGUUUGAGUUUCA